UGGCAUAAUAAACAACACUCACAGACGACCGAUUGGUGUUUGAUGAGAUAGAUAGAUCUCUACAUCUUGUGAGGAAAGGCAAAGUAAAAUGGCUCAUUUCAAUUUCUCCAAGGAUAUCAAGGAAAUCGUUAAAAUGGAUGGUCCCCUUCAAAGUGGUCCUUUGAUGAGGUGGCAGCGGAAAGCACCCCCAGAGACUUUGCUCAGGGUCCAUGCAAGUGAUGGAGGUGUCUCAUCGCCUUUCAAGAGCAAGAGCAAGACCCCUGGCAAGUCUGUCCCGACGACCACCCCAGGCAAAGGCAAGACACCCAAAACGCCUGGCAAUAUCGGGGCAGACGGAUUCUCCAAUGUUCCCAAAAGUGGGAAGAAAGCGAAAACCCCGAGUGCGAAGACUCCGAGCAGAAUGCAGGGGGACAGAUUUAUCCCGGACCGUUCAUCGACGGAUAUGGAGUAUGGUCAUUAUGCUGUGAUGAAGAGACAGGAGGAGGACGCACAAUCCUCCGCAGGACCGGAUGGAGAUAAUUUCGAGUAUAAAGAACAGCUGAAGGAUGCCAUGGAUGUCCGCGAGAGAAAGAUUCUCAACUUCAAGACAAAAGCACCUCAGCCUAAAAUGACGGACGUGAACAACCUGCAUGUGCUGUACAGCUGCUCCAAGUCUGCCAACAGACAUGCGGCGGCGUCUCGGCACAUCCCCCGCGAGCCCGAGAGAGUGCUGGAUGCCCCAGAGCUCAUGGAUGACUACUAUCUGAACCUGCUGGACUGGUCAAAGUCCAACAUGUUUGCGGUUGCCCUGGGCGGCACGGUGUUCCUGUGGAACCCGGACAACGGGACGAUCACGGAGCUAAUGGAGCUGGCCACACAGGACGACUACUUCUCCUCCCUGGCCUGGGUGCAGGACGGGGCCGUGCUGGCGGUGGGGGUCAGCACCGGCCUCGUGCAGUUGUGGGACACGGAGCAGAAGAAGCUUCUCAGGUCAAUGACUGGUCAUGCAGCCAGGGUCGGUUGUCUCUCUUGGAACCAGCAUAUUCUCUCCAGCGGCUCUCGCACGGGGUCCAUCCACCAGCACGACGUACGAGUGGCCAACCACCAGGUGGCGACGCUGCAGCACCACACGCAGGAAGUGUGCGGGCUGCGCUGGUCCCCGGACGGCCGCCAUCUUGCCAGCGGAGGCAACGACAACAUCGUGAACGUGUGGGGGGAGCGCAACAGCGCGGGCGACCCUCUGCACACCUUCACCAGCCACCAGGCCGCUGUCAAAGCUAUAGCGUGGUGUCCGUGGCAACCUUAUCUGCUGGCCACAGGAGGAGGGACCGCUGACCGGCACAUUCGUCUCUGGAACGUCCAGUCUGGCUCGAAUAUCGCGAACACGGACACAGAGUCUCAGGUGUGUUCCAUCCUGUGGUCUAAGGAGCACAAGGAGCUCAUCUCUGGCCACGGCUACUCCCUCAACCAUCUACGCAUCUGGAAGUACCCAACCAUGACACGCGUGGUGGAUCUUGUGGGCCACACGUCUCGCAUCCUUGGCAUGGCCAUGUCCCCGGACGGCACCACAGUGGCCAGUGCCGCGGCUGAUGAGACGAUCCGUCUGUGGAAAUGUUUUGACGUCAAGGAGGCCACCAAGAAGGCUCAGGGCAAAGAGGAGAAAACGUUGACCUCCGACCUGCAGAAGAUUUGCCUCCGAUAAAACCGGCGAGGUAUACCGUCGGUUGGCAAGCUGUUAAAAUGUACUAAACCAAGAAAGCAAAAUGUUACUGGAGAAAAAACAAAAUGUUUCAUUCCCUUAACACUUACAGUACCGUUGGCGACUCGCAAGGCCGUAGUUUGCAUUCACUACCACUGGCGACUUUAGGCGCCGACGCGACCAGGCGCACUCAACAUAAUUAAACAAAGGAUGGACCCCCUACACCGAAGUAAAUACCAGAGGAAGUCACUCUUUAUGAUAGCUGAAUGGUUGAUGAACCUCUAUGAAUUUUUAAAACGUGUUUCUUGUGCUGCCAAAGUUUUUUUUAAUGAAAAAAAAUUCUACCAUGGCUUCAGCAUUCUAAACUGGUGCGUACUUGAGGGGUUUUCGCUAUACAAGCCUUCGGCACUGUAAGUAUUAACAACUGUACCUACAUGUAUUUUUUCUUUUCAUUUUCAACAUUUAGAAUGUCAAAUGUAACAAAAUGUUUCGGAAGUACAGGAUACUGAUACCUUAGAUAAUGAAAUUUCAGGUUAAAAAAUGUUCCAAAAUUUGAGCCUCUUGCAUUUUAACAGCUGGCUGAUGAAAUGUGUCUAGUGGGCUCCUGGUGAGGAGUGCCAGUUAUCCUGACUGUCAUAACACUAUUGCGGAGGUCAUGUAUAUGUUGUUUUUUUUUUUAAUUUUAGAAAAAUGUAGAGAAAAUAGUGUUUACCUCAGUCAACAAUAAUAAUAAUGAUAAUUGCAAUUGUAAUAAUUGCUCUACAGCAUGCUCAAUUGUGCUUCAUCACUAUAAUACCCAAGCAGACCAUAGAACUCUCUGAAACAUUCUCAACUUUGCGGGAAGCGUACAAUGUGAACAGCCAAUGAAGCGCUCAAACACUAAUAUACUGACAAGAUCUUCGCUGUCUAUAGCAGGGUACCCAUUCCCACCUGGACGAAAUUAGGUAGAUAUGUAUGUGAAGUGCCUUUCUCCAAGGCAGAACUUCGGAUCCUUGACGGGAUUUGAACCCAUGACCUUACAGCUGAGAUUUGGAGAACCUAACCAUUUGACCACCGGUGCCACAUUAUGGGUGAAAAUGUCUUAAUGAUUGGAUUUUGAGUGCAGGAAACCAUACCCUGCUAUAUCGAGGAUAAGAAACUAGUUGCUGGUAUUUUGCCAUGCCCUUAAGUAGAAACCUGGAAAGAAUGGCAGGUAGGCCUACUCUGGUGUGGUUCGCUCCUUCUUUCCCGUCAAACAUCUAUCGUCCUUAUCUCCCCCUCUU